UAAUUAAAAAAAAAAAAGCAAAGCUCCCUGAUAACCAAAGAAUUUGCUCCCACCCACGCGCCUGUGUCUCCAUCAUUACUCACUGCCUCUCUGCCUUCUCUCUAUCUCUCUCUACUUUCUCUCUCUACUUUGGUCUCAUUAUAUAAACUCGUGUCCCCCUGCGCUCCCUCGUCACAACGAACUCGCUCAUUUGCGUCUGUUCUUUUAACAAUCUCUCUGCAAGAAGAGAAUCCAAACCUAAAAAGCACGGCCUAAACCGCUCGGGGAGCCGGGUUUUUUUUUUUUUUUUGAAAAAAACAUAUUCAUUUUCAUGGAAGAUUUAAGCAGCAAGAAGCGAGUUAGGGAUGACUCAGCCGAGUCGGAUCUGGACUCGCCCGAGGUGAAGAGACUCAGAGAUGAUUUAUUAGAUUUUCUUGAGGACUCUGAUUCUUUGCCUGUUAAUUUAGAUCUCGCAUCUGUGAUGAAGAGUUUCGAAGAGGAGAUAUCGCCGACGGGAUCGACUUCGUCGGCGUUGCUGCCAGUGGUGGAUCUGACAUCAGAAUCUGGUGAGUCUCAACUGGAUCUUGGUUACCUUCUUGAGGCUUCCGACGAUGAGCUUGGUUUACCUCCUCCUACGGCUACUACAACUGGUGGUGAAGAGGUACGGAGCGAGGUGACUGAGUUGGUGCGAGUCGACCCUGACUCGUCAGGAAUCGGUGACUUGUGGGUGUUUGAGGAUCAGAACCCAAACUUCGACUCUUUCGAGUUUGGAAUCGGAGAUAAUUACAAUGGUGACCAUGUGGCGUAUGAUGGAUUAUUCGAGUACUCUGAUGUUUACUACGAUUGCUCCGAGCUUUCUGGUUCGUUAUGGCGGCCGGAAACUCUGUCGGCGGAGUAAUAUUCGAAACGUAAAACGAAAAAAGAAAAGAAAAAAAAUUAACUCAAAAGAAACCAAAUAUACUUCGGUUUCAAAUGGAACACAAGGCAUAGCCGAUCUGUAAAUAUUUUUUUUACCUUUUUUGGGUUUAUCUUAGUUAUUUUUUUAUUAAAAAAAUUACAAGUAGGAAUAGAAAUUUGAAAUGAAAAAAUCCUGAGGGGACUUAAAAAUGGAAAAAUUCAAUUGUUUGAUGGCUCCUUUGUACGAACCUGUUCUGUCCUGACCAAAAAAGAAACGAAAAAUGGUGGUGGCAGAAGCCUUUUCUUUUGUCCAGAUCUGAAUCGGAUACCACUUGCUAAUAUAAGCGUUUGAUGUCGAAGUUAACUAAUAUUAAUAGUGUGAAAGGAAUCCCAGGAAAUAUUGUUCGUCUAAAGUGGACAAAGCGAUGGAGUUUAGUUUAAAGAACCAAAAGCAGACAACUAAUAUUCAAUGAGCCAAACCAAAGCUAAAAAACUAACGUCGGUGCCAGAGGUUACGAGGAAAAUUUUUGUCCGCUUUUACCUAUUGUUAUAUCUUAUUGAAA